UCUUGGCGUCACUCGGCGGAAGCAAUGCCGGCGAUAUUUUUAGGUUGCACAAAACCGUGGAGACGGUAACACUUCACAGAAAACAUCACAUUCGCAGCCGGAUGAAACAUGUCAACCAAACAAGUGACCUGCAGGUAUUUCCUCCACGGGGUCUGUCGCGAGGGCAGCAGGUGCAUGUUCUCUCACGAUCUGGCCACGAGCAAGCCCUCAACUAUCUGUAAAUAUUACCAGAGAGGAGUGUGUGCGUAUGGAGACAGAUGCAGGUAUGAUCAUGUCAGAGCUCCUGGUCGUGGUGGAGGAUCAUCGGCAGAGCAGCAGAACAGAGGCAGCAGUGCAGGAGCGUCAGCGCCGGGCCCCGGACCCCCGCCCAGCACCAGCAAACAUGUCAGCAAGCCUCUGGUGCUCAGAGACAAAGCGCUGGGCUCUGACAGCAGAGCGAGGGACUGCUGGGAUUACAGCAGCGACAGCAAGCCUCACUCCUAUCUGGAGGCCACCCGCUGCGGGCUGCAGAGCUCGGCCGGCGCCGGCCCACAUCCAGACCACCAGCAGCUCUGCCCUUACCUAGCGACGGGACACUGUCACUACGGCGACAGCUGCCCAUAUCUCCAUGGCGAUCUGUGUGAAAUAUGCCGCCUGCAGGUUCUGCAUCCGCACAACCCUGAACAAAGAGCAGCGCAUGAGAAGAUGUGCAUGACGGCCUUCGAGCUGGACAUGGAGAGAGCGUUCGCAGCACAGCAGAGUCAGGACAAGCAGUGUAAGAUCUGUCUGGAUGUGGUGUAUGAGAAGGCGUCUCCGUCCGAGCGGCGCUUUGGCAUCCUCUCCAGCUGCUGCCACACGUACUGCUUGAGCUGCAUCCGGCAGUGGCGCUGCGCUGAGCAGUUCCAGAACCAGAUCCGCAAGUCCUGCCCCGAGUGCCGCGUGGUGUCCGAGUUCGUCAUUCCCAGCAUGUACUGGGUGGAAGACCAGGAGGAGAAGAACCGGCUCAUCGAGGAGUUCAAGUCUGGAGUCAGGUGCGUAUGAAACCAACUUCCAUUGUUGCAAGG